CUAUAUAAAUCAUAGAGCAACAGCAGAUUUCUUCAACAAAAACCUUGGAGAAACAAAGCAAAUAAGGCACUAAAACUAGCUACACCAUGUCUCCCCACACUUUGAUCCUCUCAUUGCUAGUAACCCUAGCAACCAUUCAAGGCAACUAUGCAGUAGAAUACACCGUGACCAACACUGCCGGUUCGACGGCCGGCGGGGCACGGUUCUCGGCCGAAAUAGGAGAAGAUUAUAGCUUGCAGACACUGUCAGCUGCUACAGAUUUUAUAUGGAGACUAUUCCAACAACCCAAUGCAGAAGAUAGAAAAAAUGUACAAAAGGUCAGCUUGUUUAUCGAUGACAUGGAUGGAGUUGCAUAUGCUAGCAACAAUGAAAUCCAUGUUAGUGCAAGAUACAUAGGGGGCUAUUCAGGUGACUUGAAAAGGGAAUACACUGGUGUUAUUUACCAUGAAAUGACACAUAUUUGGCAAUGGAAUGGCAAUGGCCAAGCUCCAGGAGGACUGAUUGAAGGAAUUGCUGAUUUUGUAAGGUUAAAGGCUAACUAUGCACCUAGUCACUGGGUUCAGCCAGGACAAGGUGAUAGGUGGGAUCAAGGGUAUGAUGUUACAGCAAGGUUUUUGGAUUACUGUAAUGAUCUUAGAAAUGGUUUUGUGGCUGAGCUUAACAAGAAGAUGAAAGAUGGUUACAGUGAUCAGUUCUUUGUUGAUUUGCUUGGGAAAUCUGUUGAUCAGCUCUGGAGUGACUACAAGGCCAAAUAUGCAAAAUAGUGGGUUUGGAGUUGAACAAUAUGAAGCUAAUAAAACAUUGAAUCUCCAUUAGCAUACUAGAGUCAAUAUCAAUGUAUUAAUUAAAUAAAUUUGCAAUAAAAUUGUUGUCGUUUCCAAUUA